GUCUUAUUCCACACACACAAAAACACCCAGUAAAACACACACACUCAGACAUCUUCGUCUUCUUACAGAUUUCAAAUGAAUUUUUUCAUGAUAUUCAAAGCCAAAAAUUGGAUUCUCUAGAGAAGAGAGAGACGAGAUGGGUUCAUGGCGGAAUUCAUCGUCUGGGAAGAUCUUAUGGUUGAUUAUAAUGCCUCUGAUGUUAAUUUUCGGGUUUAUGGCUUUGAAGAAAUCAAACUGGGAUAUUAGGUUUGUUAAUUAUUACAGUGGGGGUUCUUCUGUAACUGAAGAUGAUUCUGCAGCAGCGGGACCUAUUUCAUCGGAAAAUCUUGGUGGGUUGGAAUGGCGGUGGACGGCGGAUGGCGGUGGUGGCCAGAUGGAUGAGGCUCCAUCUCCUUCUUCUUCUUCUUCACCAACAAUUACUCUUGAAGAAGACAUGGACAUGCAACAACCUAAUGUUACGAUGGAAGAGGACAACUUUGCUACAAUGUUAAAUGGUACAGAAAUGUUCAUAUCAACAAAUGAAACCCAUGAUCCAACUACAAUUGUGGAAGUUCAGAGAAACUAUUCUGGAUUAUAUAAACUUGAAGCAAGCCUUGUGCAAGCUCGAGCUGCCAUUAAAGAAGCAAGAAAUGGGAACCAAAUGAAUGAUCCCGAGUAUGUACCAUAUGGUCCAAUAUAUUGGAACGCCUCCAUCUUCCACAAGAGCUAUUUGGAGAUGGAAAAAAUGCUCAAAGUAUAUGUCUAUGAAGAAGGAGAACCACCAAUAUUUCAUAAUGGUCCUUGCAAGAGUAUAUAUGCAAUGGAAGGCAACUUUAUUUUCCAAAUGGAAACAUCCAAGUUUCGAACAUGGGAUCCCGAAAAAGCCCACAUAUUUUUCCUUCCGAUCAGUUCAACCAUGAUGGUCCGCUUCAUAUUGGAUCGCAAAUCUCAAGAUCAUUGGCGUCCAAUGAAGCGAACAGUCAAAGAUUAUGUCGAGCUUGUUGCAUCCAAACACCCUUUCUGGAACAGGAGCCUUGGUGCCGAUCACUUCAUUGUUGCUUGCCAUGAUUGGGGGCCCGAGCUCUCCAAGGCUGUUCCAAAUCUAUUUACAAACUCGAUUCGGGCAUUAUGCAAUGCAAACACCUCAGAAGGGUUCAAGCCAUCGAAAGACGUUUCCAUCCCUGAAAUUUUGCUCCGGGAUGGCACAAUGCACGGUCUAGUUGGUGGGCCAUCCCCCAGGCAGCGGCGUGUCUUGGCAUUCUUUGCUGGUGGGGUCCACGGCCCAAUAAGAACGAUUCUUUUAGAGCAUUGGGAGAACAAGGAUCCGGACAUACAAGUCCACACAUACCUUCCAAAAAGUGUUUCAUAUAUGGACAUGCUAAGGCAAAGUAGGUAUUGCAUCUCUCCUAGUGGCUAUGAGGUGGCUAGUCCGCGAAUGGUUGAAGCACUUUACACAGGCUGUGUUCCUGUACUCAUUAAAGACCAUUAUGUUGCACCAUUUAGUGACAUUUUGAAUUGGAAAUCGUUUGCUGUUAUAGUUGAUGUCGAGGACAUUCCUAACCUCAAGAAAAUCUUGAUGGGGAUUUCGACGAGGCAGUAUCUACGAAUGCAGAGAAGGGGUAAACAAGUAAAAAGACAUUUUGAGGUUAAUCACCCACCGAAGAGGUAUGAUGUUUUCCAUAUGAUACUACAUUCAGUUUGGCUUCGAAGGCUCAAUGCUCGUAUUCAUGGCACAAACUGAGUUCCGAGUGUGGUGGGCUGGUUUUGGUUUAAUUUGUUGUAGCAGGGGAAGAGUGGGGUUUCUGUCUUUUUAAAAGUUGAGAAACUAGUUCUCUUAGCCUUGUAAGUUAUCGAAAACUAAUAUAUCACUGCAAUUAUAUUGAUUAUGAUGAUAUUGUUAAUAGAUUAAAGGUUUUAGAUGCACACGCUUAACUAAGGGGCUUCUAUUUUUUCUUUUCAAUUAAUGUAAUAAUUAUUUAUUAUUAUUAUUUUUUUUUUUAACGAAAUA